AUGUCUGCUAAACGGCUAAAACUGUCGAAAGACAGCGAUGUCGACGCAGACCACGAACAAAACGACGAUUCUCCGGACACGGAGGCUGAAAUUGCAGAUAAAAGAAUAACAAAAUCGAAGAAAACAUUAAAACGAAAGCGGCGGGCAACAGAGCCCUCGCAAUUUGGUGCUACAUUGCAAGGCCUGCUUGACACCAAUGCACCGUCGGACCUGCCGUUAUCGCUCAAACCUUCUAUCGCACGCCAGAAAAAUGGUGCAAAGCUUGAAUUGAAGGCCCACAAAGUGAUUCAAAUAGAGAAGAAGGAAAAGGCGGAUAAAGGACGCAUACGGGAUGUUAUCGGAGGUUGGGGCGGCGAGAGUGAACGUUCCUUGCGCAAGGUUGCUCAACGAGGAGGUGCGUACAUGUUGUUUGCAUUAUCCUAUCGUGCAUUGAAAAUAUCUCAAGUGGUGAAACUCUUUAAUACCAUUCAGCAAUCGCAGGCAGCGGCAGGUGUCGCUGCCGAACAGUUAAAAGGUUUGCGAGGAACAGGGAAACCUACGCUUCCAGCACCCCUAUUGGACAAGAAGCUGAAAGAAAAACAAAAGUUCAAACACAAGGACAAUAUUAUCGGGAGAGGAAAUCCAGCGACAAUUGGGAAGGACGAUUUCUUCGACAUGAUCAGGUCAGGUGGCAUCGUCUCAAAAGUAUAG